AGCGCAGCACAGCAUAGCGAUAGACAAAGCCAUUCCACUGUAUCGCAUGGUUACAAGUUCCGAUGUAUUCAUAGUCCUCUAUCGAUCCCCCGAUGCGCAUCCGAGCUCAAUCUUCCGUCCUUAAUCCCUUCCUCGUUGCUAUCCAAGAGGUCUGAUUUCAAAGUUAUAGAGCACACCCAUCGCACAGUACCUUCGCCUUCACGCAUCACCAUGUCCACACCCACACCCUCAAACCCAGCUCAUUCGUCUAAGACGCCUAAGGCCCAUAACGCACCCACACCUAAUACAAUUUCUCACCUAGGAGCUUUCUCCUCUCCUGCCACUCGCAAUGCUGCGUCUCCUGCAGCUCAUCGCAACACCAUCUCCGGCAAGUCGCCCAUGACUUUGACACAUGCUUCAGCACCGACUUCAGGCUCACACAACCACCUGACUGGAAGCUCAACUGGAGGUGCAAGUGAUACGAAACGCGGGGGUCUGCUGGGAAGUUCCCCAGCAGGCGUUGGAAUCAACUUCGAUUCACCGUCGGGGGGCAUGGGCUUGAACCUCAGCAAUACCGGGGGCGUAGAUAUGAGUGUUAGCUUCAGCCAAAUGGGCGGACUAAGUAUGGGCCUGAGCAUGAGUGGCCUUGGUAUGGGAAUGGUUGGUGGGAGCAGUCUGGGCAUAGGAUCAAGAACAGAUGAUGAGAGGAGAAGGAUCCUGGAGAGUAUAGUCACUCUGAUUGGAAGUCGUUCCGGGAAAGUUUGCGAAGAAGGCAUUAGAAGAGCAGCAAAAAAGGUGGGUUUAGACACUUCUGUGGACGAGGGCAAGAACAACCAGAAAACGAUCACCAUCGCGGGAACAAGCAGCCUGAUGGUGGAUGUGCAUAUCAGGUCAGAUGUGGUAGAGAAGGUCAACGUGGAGUGCGAAGCUGCACCAGAAGCUUGGAAGACCUCAGCCGAUGUGCUCCUCAGAGAUCUCACAUCCCAGCCAGGACAAUCGAAACUCACUUUGACCUUGGAGAAAUUUUCAAGGAAUCUCGAAGUUCUUGCCCGGUUUGAGAAACUCAGUGCUCCAUCAUUCAAUUGCUUUGCAGCUAUCUCGGCCGUUUACAACAGUUUACAAAAACUGUUCGUGCAUGAAAAGAAUAUUGCCACCGCCUCUCUCGAUUCAAAAUCACCACAGCUUGAAGAAAAGGCAGAGCGCCAUGUGAUGUGCAAAAAGAGCGGUCGGCCGAGAAUGAAUGCUGGCGACCGAGUUGGUCUCUCGCUGGAGUACUGGACCGACCGAAGGCAUGUCUUGCAUGGGGACACCGUCACAUCAAGUGCUCCCAACACUCCAAUAGUAGACCAUAUGGAAACGGACGAGCCGGUAGACAUAGCCCAUCACUUGGGUCCCGAUCGCAUCCACUCCAUUCAAAUCGAAUGCGAAUCGCUUCCUGUUGGCAUGUAUCCGGCGAUGCGGAUCAGCGACUCGUGGUUAUCAGAUAUGAUCGAAAAAGCUGAUGACGGACUCGAGAACAUUGGAGAAGCUCUGCAUGGCUCAAAGAUCGACUGGCUGGAUCCACCACCGACAUAUGUACAAGAAGAUACUGAGAACAUCAGCUCCAUGGGCAACGAGAAACCUCCUGGCGUCCGGUUCAUGGCACGAUUUUCUCCACCAUUGAUAGUCCCUUUACGCGUUGCUGUAGCCUUAACUCAAGACGUGAAUGCCCCGCUAGCGCAGGACCAAUACAGAGCAGUUGCUUGGGACAGUCUUGCUCUGCACCCAGGCAGCGAAGGUGAAAUCUGCACAGCCCUGACUGGUCUGAACCAAAUACACAGUGAACGUUUGAUCCUCGUCAAAGAUUCGGAGGAAAUUCAAAGGAAGCAUAAAAACGCCUUACACGUUCCGAACGACGGCUACGGUAUUGUGUUAGAACAAGUACCCUUCGAGCAUCCACGGCAACUUGUACAGAUGCUUCCGAUUCUCCGUCGGUAUGCGAUGCUCAAUUCGAUGCUUCAGACUUCUUUCUCGCCACGUUCUGAUUCUCCCAUAGAAAAGCCUACCUCCGCAAACGCCACAAGGGUUCUUCCAGAUAUGAAAGUAGAUGUUUUGGUCGACAGCUUAGAGCCACAUACUUGUCUUACUGUAGUAUUUCCGGGUCCAUUACAUGCCUACUCUACUCGAGACUUGAAAGAAGGACAGUAUAAGCAUGAUGAUGGUGAUGAUAAUGUCGUCAUGGGACCCGCUCUACCCAAAGAUCCGAAGUUACCACUUUCAGUCAGUUUCGAAAUCGGUAACAAUGCAGAGAUCACCAUUCUAGCACAGAAUGUUGACUCACGUACAAACACUGUGCCUGGUGAGUCUAGCAAUGAAACUCCAGAAGGCGCUUUGGAGUUUGAGUCUCGAGCUCAAGACACUAAGCGAUCAGUACAACUAAGGAGACGUCUAGCUAGAGCGCUCGAUGUUAGUGUAGAUAUUGGGGUCUGGGCGGAAUGGCUAUGUACAGAGCAUUUCAAGAUUUGCCAAGAAAACUGAAAGCUAUCAAGCGUCGACAUGUCAACCUUGAGUUAGUAUCGCAGUACGUAUAUGCUAACGGCCUUCGAACCUACAGGUAUGAUCACUUCAGGCCACCUGCAACGGGUUUUUCCUCUUAUGUUUCUUGUUCCAAUUUCCACGACAUGGUCGCGCUUGCGAUUCGAUACACCAAUAUACUAAGCGGACAGCUUAGCAAUGGUGGUUGCUUUGACCUAUCUUGCAGGUGGUCGUCGCCCACAAUCCCCAUUCCUCAACAUUUGUCCUACCCAAUAGAUCAUCGUAGGAAUGCUAGCUAUGGACAAUGCACCAGUCUCUUUGCGUCCAUAUCGAAGUCACAUACAUUAUUACUGCAGGGAGUGCAUUUGAGAUACC